AUGAAGACGACCUGGAAGGAUAUCCCCCCGGUGCCUACUCAGCAGGAGUUUCUGGAUAUUGUUCUGAGCCGGACCCAGCGCAAGCUGCCAACGCAGAUUCGCGCCGGUUUCAAGAUCAGCCGUAUUCGAGCUUUCUACACUCGAAAGGUCAAGUUCACACAGGAAACCUUCUCAGAGAAGUUCGGCGCCAUUCUCGAGAGUUUCCCUCGUCUGCAGGACAUCCACCCUUUCCACAAGGAUCUCCUCAACACCCUCUACGAUGCCGACCAUUUCAGAAUCGCUCUCGGUCAGAUGUCCACCGCCAAGCACCUGAUUGAGACCAUCUCCCGCGAUUAUGUCCGUCUCCUCAAGUACGGCCAGUCUCUGUUCCAGUGCAAGCAGCUCAAGAGGGCCGCUCUUGGUCGCAUGGCCACCCUCAUUAAGCGACUCAAGGACCCUCUUAUGUACCUCGACCAGGUUCGCCAGCAUCUCGGACGUCUGCCCUCGAUCGACCCCAACACUCGAACACUGCUUAUCUGCGGUUACCCCAAUGUUGGAAAGUCUAGUUUCCUCAAGAGCGUUACUCGCGCCGAUGUCGACGUUCAGCCCUAUGCUUUCACCACAAAGAGUCUGUUUGUCGGUCACUUCGACUACAAGUAUCUCCGCUUCCAGGCCAUCGAUACCCCCGGUAUUUUGGACCACCCUCUUGAGGAGAUGAACACCAUUGAGAUGCAAAGUAUCACCGCCAUUGCCCAUUUGAGAUCCGCCAUUAUGUACUUUAUGGAUCUUUCAGAGCAGUGCGGAUACACAGUUAGCGCCCAGAUUGCUCUCUUCAAGAGCAUCAAGCCUCUGUUCUCCAACAAGCUUGUCUUCGUUGUUAUCAACAAGAUUGACGUCACCCGACCCGAGGACCUUGAGCCCGAGGUUCAGGCUGAGCUCCAGAGCAUCCUCAAGUCUGGUGAGGUCGAGAUGCUCCAAUUGUCUUGCAACACUCAGGAGGGUGUUCAGGAGGUCAAGAACGCUGCUUGCGAGCGCUUGAUCGCUGAGCGUGUUAACCAGAAGCUCAAGGCUGGUACCAACAGCAGCGGAAACAUCGGUGGCCGUCUGGCUGAUGUUAUGUCCCGCAUCCACGUUGCUCAGCCCAUGGGUGGUCAGACUCUUGAGACUUUUAUCCCCGAGGGUGCCAAGGACCGCAAGAAGUAUGACAAGACCGACCCCGAGCGCCGAAGACUCGCUCGUGAUGAGGAGGAGGAGAACGGUGGUGCUGGUGUCUUCAACGUCGACAUGAAGGCCGACUACAUGCUCGCCAACCCCGAGUGGAAGUACGACAAGAUCCCCGAGAUCUACGAUGGCAAGAACGUCUACGACUUUGUCGAUCCCGAUAUUGAGGCUAAGCUUCAGGCUCUUGAGGAAGAGGAGGAGAAGCUCGAGGCUGAGGGCUUCUACGAGUCUGAUGAGGACAUUGAGGAUGAUGAGGAGGCUGAGGUCAUGCGCAAGGCCGAGCUGAUCCGCGAGAAGCAGCAGCUCAUCCGCAACGAGGCCCGCAUGAAGAAGCGUCUCAAGAACCAGGCCAUCAUCCCCCGCAAGCAGAUGAAGAAGCCCCUCUCCGAGUUCGAGGAUGCCCUCGACCAGCUCGGUGUCGACACCACCGAUAUUGCCGAGCGUGCUCGCUCAAAGUCUCGUCCUCGUGGCCGUUCCACAUCUCGCAUGGCUACCGAGGACCCGGAUGCCAUGGAUGUCGAUGGUGGCCGCAGCAGCACUCCCCGCGAGCGUAUGCGCUCUAUGAGCCGACCUCGAAGCCGUGCUCCUACUACCAGCCGUCGCGACGAUGGUGUCACAGACGAGGCUACUCGAUCCAAGGCCGAUCGUAUCGCCAGGCUCAACCAGAAGCGCAUGAACCGCAUGGCCCGACAGGGAGAGGGCGAUCGACACACGACCGCUUCCAUCACCAAGCACUUGGUCGUCGGAAAGCGUGGUAUGGGCAAGACAAACCGCAGAUAG